GAAGAGUGAGCCUUUUGCUUUGCAUUGAGUGAAUGGUAAGAAGCAGCAGCAGCACUGUGCAUAGUGUGAAGAGGAGCAGCAUGACAACUGAUGCUGCUGCUUAUGGAAGCCUGGACUGAGCAGCUUUGCUGACAUCUACAGCAGCUUCCUCUUCUACAAAGCCUCCUCUUGUGCUGCUGAGAGUCAGGAGGACUGACCAGCCUGUGGUUGGGUUCAUCAUUGUGGGCACCUGGCAAAGAAGUUCAGCCAUGGCAUUAAUAAUGGAACCAGUGAGCAAAUGGUCCCCCAGCCAGGUAGUGGAUUGGAUGAAAGGUCUGGAUGACUGUCUGCAACAGUAUAUUAAAAACUUUGAGAGGGAAAAAAUUGCUGGGGAUCAGUUACUCCGUAUUACUCAUCAAGAACUGGAAGAACUGGGAGUCUCAAGGAUCGGACACCAGGAACUUAUCUUGGAAGCAGUAGACUUGUUGUGUGCAUUAAACUAUGGAUUGGAAACAGAAAAUUUAAAAACUCUUUCGCAUAAAUUAAAUGCAUCUGCCAAAAAUCUACAAAAUUUUAUAACUGGGAGGAGGAGAAGUGGCCAUUAUGAUGGAAAGAGCAGCAGAAAAUUACCAAAUGACUUCCUGACCUCUGUUGUAGACCUUAUAGGUUCAGCAAAGAGCCUCCUUGCUUGGUUGGACAGGUAUUGCCACGCUGAUCAGGAUGACAUUGAUAACCUUAAAAAAAGAUGGAUAGGGCAUAAACUGGAUAAAUCCCCAUUUGCCGCUGUGACAGAUUAUUCAGUUACACGAAACAAUGUCAUUCAGCUAUGCCUGGAAUUAACAACAAUUGUUCAGCAGGAAUGUACUGUGUAUGAAACCGAAAACAAGAUUCUCCACGUGUGUAAAACACUAUCGGGUGUCUGUGACCACAUCAUCUCUCUCUCCUCCGAUCCCUUGGUUUCUCAGUCUGCCCAUCUUGAAGUCAUCCAGCUUUCGAACAUCAAACCAAGCGAAGGGCUGGGAAUGUACAUAAAAUCCACAUAUGAUGGCCUUCAUGUGAUAACUGGAACGACAGAAAAUUCCCCUGCUGAUAGAUGCAAGAAGAUCCAUGCUGGCGAUGAAGUGAUCCAAGUCAACCAUCAGACAGUGGUGGGGUGGCAGUUGAAAAAUUUGGUGAAUGCACUACGAGAGGACCCGAGUGGUGUUAUCUUAACUUUGAAAAAGCGACCUCAGAGCAUGCUUACCUCAGCACCAGCUUUACUGAAAAAUAUGAGAUGGAAACCCCUUGCUCUGCAGUGGUAUGAUGAUGAAAUGAAAACUUAUUCCUGGACACGUAUAUCACCUCUAAUACCCAGGAGCCCUACAAGUGGAGCAGCUACUCCCUCAAGCACAAUAAGCACACCUACAAAAAGGGACAGUUCUGCACUCCAAGAUCUUUUCAUCCCCCCACCUCCAGCUGAGCCCUACACACCAAGAGACGAGAAAGGCAAUUUGCCAUGUGAAGAUUUGAGCCGGCAUGUAGUCGGAAAACCAGUAUCAAAAGGGUCGGAGUCUCCAAAUUCUUUUCUGGACCAAGAGUAUAGAAAGCGAUUUAAUACGGUGGAGGAAGAUGCAGUCCUUUAUUGUUAUGAAUAUGACAAAGGAAGAGCCAGCAUGCAAAGCCGCCGUGAAAGCACUCCAACGUAUGGUAAAUUGAGGCCAAUAUCUAUGCCUGUAGAAUACAACUGGGUUGGAGACUAUGAAGAUCCCACCAAGAUGAAACGUGAUAGUAGAAGAGAAAGUUCUCUGCUCCGGUACAUGAGCAAUGACAAAAUAAUUCAAGAAGAGUUUAUGAUGCAGAGAAAUACCAAAAAGGACACCGGGAAGAAAUCGAAAAAGAAGGGAGAGAAAAAUACAAGUCCAAGUCAUUACGGUCUACCCUCUGGAGGACAAAUGGAUUCCUUGAGGCAGGAAGUGGUCAGCCCCUCGGUAACAGAUACAGCUUCAUAUCAUACUUUCCAGCAGUCGUCUCUGCAGCAUAAAUCCAAGAAAAGAAAUAAAGGUCCUGUUCCUGGGAAAAGUAAAAGACGUAUAUCGUGUAAGGACUUGGGAAGGGGCGAUUGUGAAGGAUGGCUAUGGAAAAAGAAAGACGCUAAGAGCUAUUUCUCACAGAAGUGGAAAAAGUAUUGGUUUGUUCUGAAGGACUCUUCCAUGUAUUGGUACACCAAUGAGGAGGAAGAAAAAGCAGAGGGGUUUAUCAGUCUUCCGGAGUUUAAAAUCGAUCGUGCCAGCGAGUGUCGUAAGAAAUUUGCUUUUAAAGCUUGCCAUCCUAAGAUCAAAAGCUUCUACUUUGCUGCUGACAAUUUAGAUGAUAUGAGCAGGUGGAUCAGUAGAGUUAACCUUGCUGCUUCUGGUUAUGCAGAAAGAGAACGGAUCAAACCAGAUCAAGACUACUGGAGUGAAAGUGACCAAGAAGAACCAGAGACCCCAUCAACUCCUAAACAAGAUAGCCCGCCACCGCCCUAUGACACAUACCCAAGGCCAGCAACAAUGUCAUGUGCUAGCCCCUUUGUGGAACAGAAACACGGCAGAUUAUCUUCCACUGAAACCUCACAGUCCCAAUCUUCCCAUGAGGAAUACCGUCAGGAACCAGCAGGAAGCACCACUGAUUCUCCAGUGCGCAAAACUGCCAGCCAAAGACGAUCUUGGCAAGAUUUAAUUGAGACACCAUUGACCAGCUCAGGACUUCACUAUCUUCAGACUCUUCCUCUGGAUGACUCUGUGUUUACUGACCCAGGGGUGGCAUCUCCAGAUCACAGGCGGCAGUCUACACUUCCAGCGGCAAAAUGCCAUCAACAAGAUCAUUAUGGCCCAUUUCCCUUAGUUGAAGGGAACAGGUUACAAGUACUGAGUAGCAGUGGGGCUAAACCACGCAGUUUUACACUACCAAGAGAUGCAGGUUUAAGCCAUUGUGCUCCACUGUCCCCAGUGAGUAUAGUGGAACCAACAGAACUUCCUCAGAAAGAAGAACCUGAAGAGCAAGGCCCGUCACAAGAGCCGGAACGACCAGAUGAAGCAAACACUGUAGAGGAGAAGCCAGCAGACUCUUUACAAGAUCUCUACAGGGCCCUGGAAAAGGCCAGUUUGUCCCCACUUGGAGAACAGCGACUUUCAACCAAAAUGGAGUACAAGAAGUCUUUUAUUAAAAGAUGUAGUGAUCCAGUAGUCAAUGAAAAACUUCACAGACUGCGAAUUUUGAAAAGCACUUUAAAGGCCAAAGAAGGAGAAGUAGCUAUUAUUGACAAGAUUUUGGAAAAUCCAGAUUUGACAUCUAAAGACUUUCAGGAAUGGAAACAACUAUAUCUUGACCUUUUUUUGGACAUCUGUCAAAAAAGUGACGAACAGAACUGUGAAAGCGUUUCUUCUGAAGUGGAUGCUCUUAUUCAGUCUCUAUCUCUCACGCAUUCUUAUAUUGAAACGCAUGUAUAAUUGUUGUACUCUCUGAAUCUACUCUAAACCAUGGAAAUUUUUCUAACGGAAAUUAUUCUAAAUAUCAACAAAGUCUGGUAAUAUAUAUAUAUAUAUUUUAAUGUUGCUGACAUACGUGGCGUAAGCAUUAUAUUGCCGAGAUGCCAUUGUCUUAUUUUGGCAUUUGUAAUUUUUUAAUGCUAUUCGUGCUAUGCUUUGUGUUAUUUUUGUGGUACAAAAAUGAAUAAAUAAUCUGUAUUAAAUAUGUUGGUCAAGCUUAGGGCUUUAUAUUUGAAACAAACUAACUUUUCUAUGACACACAAAUUAUUUCUGGGUAAAAAUAUACUGUUUGGCAAAAGACUAAAUAACUUUUUAUAUCCACGCACAUAAAUAAAUAAAUAAAAUAAUAUAGGGAAAAAUUAUAGAAUAUAUGAAAUGCUGCAGUUGUAUUUUUUUAGAGUAUAAACGUAAGUUACGGUAUAAAAUUCAAGAAAUAUAUAGUACACAUUGGUAACUGUUGAAUAGAAUACUCUUUUAGGCUCUGUUCAUGGUAGCAUCUUGGCUUAGACUUACAAUGAAGCCAUGACAGGUAGAGUGGAUCCUUUUCUAACUUAUAAUGACUUAUAAUGACUCCUAUUGACUUAUAAUAGAGUCUUUUAGGCUUCUUUCAGGGUCCAGUUUUUAUGGCAAGAGUACCGAUCUGCAGCACUGUAGAAAAAUACUGGAACCCUCAACUGGAACCGUAUUAACCGACAAAGUGAAUAGAGCCUUAAUGUGGGGAUCACAUAGGAAAUAUAUUUGUUGCUACAACAUUAGCCAUAAUACACGUAAAGUUAUAACAGUGCCAGAAUAUUUAAUAUUGCUAGAAGACUACCUCCUGAAAUAUGUUUCCAUCUUUUUAAAGUGUCAUUCAUAGUGACUGCGCUACGAAAAAUAAAGAUGGAUUGUUUAUCAUGUUAAAAUGAGACUAGCUUAUUCUUGUACAACUUUAGGUUUCUAAAUUAUUUGUGAGAAAUAAUUCAUGAGAAACUGUUUCUAUGAAACAUUAUGUAACAAAUUUUUUAUCUGCUGGGUUUUUCUCUGCCUGAAUGAUGACUACUAUGUAUUACAAAUAGGUUACAAUGCACAAUGUUAUUGGCUUCAGUAAAAUCAAGUAGUAAGUAACGUUAUCUUGCUGGCCACAUAUGGCAAAAAAGAGAUUAUAUCUAUGUAGCAUGAAGCCUUUUCCACAAAUAACACAAAAUUUUAAAGAAUUUAUACUAUUUAGCUUUUGAAGAAAUCCGUGUACAGAGAGCCAUUGUACGGUAUGCUAUUGUUCUGAACUGUUUCACCAGUGUGCAUUCUGUUUCAUAUGGAGAGCUUUGUAUGUGUAAAAUUCCAUAAAAAUGCAAAAGAAAACAAAAUCUGACAUGCUCCGUUCUUUUCAGUAUUACAAUAUAAUUAGCAUUGUAUUGAGGGAAGAAUAUCUCCAUAUUUGAGUGCUGUAUGGAAAACAGUAUGGCGGCACACAAUGUACAUGUAUAUGUCUUCAUGUAGAAGGAAAGAAAGGGUUUCCACGAUGAUUAGGAAUUGAGCUACGGAAUAAUUAAAUAACUACAAUGGGAACCUAGUUGUUUGCCUAUAUAGUACAAUGGUGCUGGAAAGUUUGUGGACCCUUCAGAAAGCCUAAAUGUAGAGAAUCAAAUCAAAUGACAAAAAGUAUGUGAACCUUAGUUUUCAGUAUGAACCUGUUAAGGACCAAGUUUAGUUGAUCGCUGCGUCUAAAGUGAAAGUAAACUAAUGCUGGUUAGCUCAGGGGGCUGUUCGGGACCGCCGCAGGGAAAUUUCACUGCGGCGUCCCGAACAGCUGUAGGACACAAGGAGAUUCCCCUUACCUGCCUCCUAAUGUCCGAUCACCGAAUGACUGCUCAGUGCCUGAGAUCCAGCCAUGAGCAGUCAAGCGGCAGAAUCAUCGAUCAAUGGUUUCCUAUGAGAAACCAUUGAUCAAUGUAAAAGAUCAGUGUGUGCAGUGUUAUCACCCCCCUUUUCCCAUUUAAAGAAAAAAAAGUGUAAAUAAUAAUAAACUUUGCCACGUGCGGAAAUGUCCGAGUUAUAAAAAUAUAUUGUUAAUUUAAAAAAUUCCAAAGUCCAAAAUAGCGUAUUUUUGGUCACUUUUGAUACCAUGAAAAAAUGAAUAAAAAGCGAUCAAAAAGUCAGAUCAAUACAAAAAUGGUACCACUAACAAAUUCAGAUCACAGCGCAAAAAAUGAGCCAUCAUACCGCCCCGUACGCAAAAAAAUAUAUAAAAAAGUUAUAGGGGUCAGAAGAUGCCAAUUUUAAACGUAUUAAUUUUCCUGCAUGUAGUUAUGAUUUUUUCCAGAAGUACAACAAAAUCAAACCUAUAUAAGUAGGGUAUCAUUUUAAUCGUAUGAACCUACAGAAUAAAGAUAAGGUGUCAUUUUUACCCAAAAAUUUACUGUCGCACAAUGAUUUUUUUUGUGUUUCGUUGUAGAUUUUUGGGUAAAAUGACUGAUGUCACUGCAAAGUAGAAUUGGUGACGCAAAAAAUAAGCCAUCAUCAUGGAUUUUUAGGUGCAAAAUUGAAAGACUUAUGAUUUUUUAAAGGUAAGGAGGAAAAAAUGAAAGUAGAAAACCCCGGGUCCUUAAAGGGUUAAAGGAGAUAUCCAGUGCUGAAAAACUUAUCCCUUAUCCUAAGGAUAGGGGAUAAGUUUCAGAUUGCAGGGGGUCUGACCGCUGGGGCCCCCAGCGAUCUCCUGUACGGGCCCCUGACAGCCCGCAGGAAGGGGGCGUGUUGAGCACCGCACGAAGUGGUGGCUGACAUGCCCCCUCAAUACAACUCUAUGGCAGAGCCGGAGCGCUGCCUUCGGCAAUCUCCGGCUCUGCCAUAGCAAUCUGGCGAGCGAGCCAGGGCCCCUUACAGAGAGAUCGCAGGGGGUCCGUCCUUAGGAUAGGGGAUACGUUUUUCACCGCUGGACUACCCCUUUAAGUUUGAUCCUCCUGUGCAACAAUAACUGAAUCUAAAAGUUUCUGAUAAUUGUUAGUUAGUGCUGCCCAUUGGCCUGGAGGAAUUUUUGCCCAGUCCAUCGUACAAAACAGCUUCAAUUUUUUAUGUUGACUGGUUUCCUCCCAUGAUCUGCUUUCUUCAGGUCCCUCCACAACAUUUCUUUUUCAUUGGGACUUUGACUUAAACAUUCCAAAAUGUUAAGUUUAUUCUUCUUUAACCCCUUAAGGACCAGGCCCAUUUUUACCUUAAGGACCAGACCAAUUUUAUUUUUGCAUUUUCGUUUUUUCCUCCUCGCCUUCUAAAAAUCAUCAUAACUCUCUUAUUUUUCCAUCCACAGACCCAUAUGAGGGCUUGUUUUUUGCGUCACCAAUUGUACUUUGUAAUUACAUCACUUAUUUUACCAUAAAAUGUACGGUGCAACCAAACAAAUGUUAUUUAUGUGGGAAAAUUAAAAAGAAAACCGCAAUUUAACUAAUUUUGGAAGGUUUUGUUUUCACGCUGUACACUUUCUGGUAAAAAUUACAUGUUUUCUUUAUUCUGUGGGUCAAUACUAUUAAAAUUAUACCAUGUUAUAUGCUUUUCUGUAACUGUACCGCUUAAAAAAAAAAUCUCAAACCAUUUUAACAAAAUUAGUAUGUUUGAAAUUGCCCUAUUUUGACCACCUAUGACUUUCUCAUUUUCCCGUAUAUGGGGCGAUAUGAGGGCUCAUUUUUUGCACCAUGAUCUGUAGUUUUUAUCAGUACUAAUUUUGCUUAGGUUUUACUUUUUUUUUAUAAAUUUGUUAUUUUUUUUUUUUGGAAUAAAAUGUGACAAAAAAGCAUCAAUUUUGGACUUUUUUUUAUUUUUUUACGUUUACGCCAUUCACUGUACGGGAUAAUUAUCAAUAUACUUUAAUAGUUCAGACUUUUAUGCAGACUUUUACGAUGCAGCGGUACUGACGUUUUACUUUUUUAUUGGGGGAGGGGAUUUUUCAAAUUUUUUUACUUUUUUGUUUUACUUUUUAUUUAUAAUUUUUUUUUUUACACUUUUUAUGUCCCCAUAGGGAACUAUUUAUAGAUAUCAGUUUAUUGCUAAUUCUGUUCAGUGUUAUGUAUAGGACAUAGCACUGAUCAGUAUUAUCUGUGAUCUUCUGCUCUGGUCUACUCGAACUCAGACCAGAGCAGAAGACCCCGGGAGACGGCCGGAGCCAGGUGAGGGGACCAGGUGAGAUCCAGGCAUGAGCAGUCAAGUGGCAGAAUCAUCGAUCAGUGGUUUCCUAUGAGAAACCACUGAUCAAUGUAAAAGAUCAGUGUGUGCAGUGUUAUAGCCCCCUAUGGGAGCUAUAACACUGCAAAAAAAAGUGAAAAAAAGUGAAUAAAGAUCAUUUAACCCCUCCCCUAAUAAAAAUUUGAAUCACACUCCUUUUCCCAUUUAAAAAAAAACUGUGUAUAUAAAAAUAAACAUAUGUGGUAUCCCCGCAUGCGGAAAUGUCACAAUUAUAAAAAUAUAUUGUUAAACCACACGGUCAAUGGUGUACACGCAAAAAAAUUUGUGCAUUUUUGGUCACUUUUUAUAUCAUGAAAAAAUUAAUAAAAAGUGAUCAAAAAGUCCGAUCAAUACAAAAAUGGUACUGCUAAAAACUUCAGAUCAUGGCGCAAAAAAAUGAGCCCUCAUACCGCCCCGUACACAGAAGAAUUAAAAAGUUAUAGGGGUCAGAACAUGACAAUUUUAAACGUAUUAAUUUUCUUGCAUGUAGUUAUGAUUUUUUCCAUAAGUACGACAAAAUCAAACCUAUAUAAGUGGUAUCAUUUUAAUCGUAUGGACCUACAGAAUAAAAUGAAGGUGUCAUGUUUACCGAAAAAUGUACUGUGUAGAAACGGGAGCCCCCAAAAUUUACAAAAUGGUGUUUUUUUUUCUAUUUUGUCUCACAAUUAUUUUUUUUCCGUUUCGCCGUACAUUUUUGGGUAAAAUGACUGAUGUAAUUACAAUGUAGAAUUGGUGACGCAAAAAAAUAAGCCACAUAUGGAUUUUUAGGUGCAAAAUUGAAAGAGUUAUGAUUUUUUAAAGGUAAGGAGGAAAAAUGAAAAUGCAAAAACUGAAAAACCCCGGGUCCUUAAGGGGUUAAUGGGAACCUGUCAUCAUUUUAAAUUUUCAUUAACUAUCAGGGCGAUCCCCAGAUGUUGUUCCCCCUCCCCCAACCAGCCUUGACUCAAGAAUCUCCCCGUAUACCCAAACAGGAAGAGAUCUAUCAAUAAAACCGCAGAAAGAAUGAACAUCUGGCACGGAAAUUCUGCUGUGUGCACAGCGCAGCAGAAUCCCAUUGAAUGACAAGGAAAUAAUUCUAUCACUGUAAAAAUCACUAGUCAGACCACACAUAGAAUACUGUGUACUGUACUGGGCACCAGUGUACAAGAAAGAUAUAGUGAAGUUGGAGAGGGUUCAAAGUCGGGCAACCAUAGUAAUACGGGGUAUGGGAGGACUACAUUACCCAGAAAGAUUAUCAGAAUUAGGGUUAUUUAGUUUAGAAAAAAGAAGGCUUAGGGGAGAACUAAUAACUAUGUAUACAUUGUAAGGAUUUCUCCCUUGGGAUAGCUCUUGGAUCGUCCUUGACACAGCCACAGGACAUGUUUCCACUUCAAUCAGCAGGUAAACAACAAUACUUUAUGCAAGUCCGGCCCCUCGCCAGCUUUAUUAGACAAGUUUCAGGAUAAAUGGAUAAAUAAAAACAUAAGACAGGAACAAACAAAACCCUAGACCGUUUAGUCACUAUCUAAACAAUCCAGCAUGCCCUGACUAUCAACUGGUGGGCUUUUCCCCGCCAGUUAUACUUAUGCCUCCUGCAACCUUCUACUCACUGUUCACACACAGCAUUUGCUUUGCUGUGUAUCUCAUCCAUAUCACUCUUGUUGCCACUCACAGCUCAGGCUGUGUGUUCCUCACCAGGACCCCUGCUUCCCCCAUAAAGCCACCUUGCUGUCUUCUGGGGAGAGCACCAACUAUUCUGUCUGACUUCCUUUUAAACACACUUCCCCUUUCUGCUACCUCAUUAUUAGGCCACAGGUGGAGGUUUCUCCAGGGUUAGCUAGGGAAAUACACCCUUCCCUUGCCACAGUGUCACAAUAUACAUAUAAGGGGGCAGUACAGAGAUCUCUCCCAUGAUCUAUUUAUACCCAGGACUGUAUCUAUAACAAGGGGGCAUCCUCUAUGUUUAGAGGAAAGAAGGUUUCUACACCAGCACAGAUGGGGGGUUCUUUACUGUAAGAACAGUGAGACUGUGGAAUUCUCUGCCUGAGGUGGUGGUCUUGGUGAGCUCGGUAGAAGAAUUUAAAAGGGGACUGGAUGCAGUUUUGGAGAAUAAUAACAUUAUAGCAUAUGGAUUCUAGAUCUAUAGGGACAGAAGGUUGAUCCAGGGAUCUAUUCUGACUGCCAUAUUUGGAGUCGGGAAGGAAUUUUUACCUCGAGUAUGAGUUCUUUUUUUGCCUUCCUCUGGAUCAACUCAGUAGGGACUCAUUAGGGUUAUAGGUUGAACUUGAUGGACUCUGGUCUUUUUUCAACCUUAUAAACUAUGUUACUAUGUUACGAAUUCAAGGGAACUCUGCUGCUCUGGAAUCUCUGUGCAGAAUUCCAAUGCGGAAUUCUCAGCGGUGAACAUAGCCUAACAUUUUGGCUUGAUCUUAAGCAAACUGCAUAUAGGUAGCAAUGUUCUUUUUGAAAAGCAAUGUUUUUGUCCUACCAUGCACAUUGCACACCAUUGUUGUUCAGUGCCCUUCUAAUGGUGGACUACUGAAUAUAAACAAUAGCUGAUGUGAGAAAUACCUUUAGUAGUUUGGAUUCCUUUGUGACCUUGCGGACUACUACAUACCUUAAUUAAUACUACAUACCUUAAUUAAUACUACAUACCUUAAUUAAUACAAGAUCAAACAAACAGGUCUCCCACUCACACCUAAUUGUCAUUCCAUUGAUUGAAAACAUCUUAUUUUACCUUCAAAUUAUCUGCUAAUUCUAAAGGUUCACAUAUUUUUGCCUCACAGAUAAGUUAUAUUGAAUCCUUUGGUAGGUGCCUUCAGAUUUUAUGGUCAUACCAUUUUUGAGGUAACCCAGUAACAGUGUGUAUUCUUAAUGUUGGGACUACUGCAUAUAGAACAUGACCAUCUGUAUUACAAUGAUAAAUCUGAUAUGGUCUCUUACUGGCUUGGACUUGUACUGGAAUGGUAAAGGCAAUAUCUCUAUGGAGUUCCAAAAGGGUCUAUUCACGCGUAUAGUAUCCUGCGUAUAUUUGAUGCACAGGAUUUGAUGCACAGGAUUUUAUGCUGAAGAUUUCAAUGUAAACUGAAUGACUGACUGAAUACAGCCUGGAGAAAUAGUAGGAAAAUGGCGGUCUUGGAGGCGCCGCUCAGGGGUGUUCAAGACUUUUUCCUACAAUUUCUCGCAUUUUUACGCUGGUCCCCCAUUGGAAGUCCAGAAUCGGUCCAAGUGCAGCAACCCUAUUUGUACAUAUCUCCUUGUACCCUGACAACCACGACCGCCAAAAAAACAUGGAUCAGAACGUCAUCACCCUAUAGGUGAGUAUAUCACUUAGGUUUGGUGGCGGGAUCACACCGAGUCGAUAUAUGAUACAAGGGAGUUCCCCCUGUCUCUUUUUCUAUUUCUCCCAACCUAGUCCUGAAUACAGCAUCAAAUCCUGCGCAGGAUACUAUACGUGUGAAUAGACCCUAAAAGAUCAUCACACCCUAGAGAGAUUAUAGCAAUAAAAUUAUUUCAAAAGACUGCCCUUACCCUUAAAGUACUAGGUAGGAUUAGUAAAAAGCUUUCUACCAAAAGCAACCUCAGACAACCUGAGGAAAGAUUUGUUAACCCCCUAUAGAGAUGACUUGUUUGCCCUCAUGACAUAUUUGUUUUAGUAAAUUCCGAUAUUUGUAUUCCCCAUGAAAUGGCAACUUUGAAGCAUAAUUUCUUAUUAUUCUUCUGUUCCUCCAUUAUUUCUCCUGAAAGGAAUGAAUAUAUAGCCAACUAGAAAUUACCAUGUCCACGCUUUCAAUAACUGUAGCUCAUUCAGUUGACAGCUAUCUAUCUCAACCUCUCCAUAAACAUGAAAGUUUGGUGCAGCCAAAAGUUUGUGUCCUCUAUAGAGAAUGUAAGGGUAAACCAUAGCCAGACAGCUUGGCAUUGGCUUAUCUCACCCUGAACAGUAGGGUUGGUCAAUAGAAAUUCAAGGAAAAAAGCCAUAUUUACCUAGUCCUGGUUUCCAUCAGCUUCACCCAGUCCCCUGAAAUUAUGCUUCUGAGAUGACUGCUCAGUGCAGGACCUGCCUGCUUAGCCAAUCACUGGCCACAGUGUUGUCCCUUCCUGGACAGGCCCUGUAACAAGCACUAAUCUUCUGUAGCAGGACGAAGACAGAAGAUUGGGGGGACUGGACAGACCCAAACGAGAGCUGCAUGGGUAAGUAAGUAUGGCUUUUUGUUAUAAUUUUUUUAUGGGCCCAAGUACCAUAUAAAAUUUUGUAUAAGUGCCUGAAUACCCCUUUAAACUCUAUAAUCAGAGUUUCUUUAAUCAUGUGUUUCUUUACUCAUAUGGUAAGACCUACAGUAAUUUUGCACCCACCAAUAAUACACUUUUAAAGUAUCAUUGUAUAAUGCCAUAAAUAAAUGGGAUAUAGGGUCUCAUAUGUUCUGCUCAUCCUGUAGACUUGAAUUUUUAGAAACUCUAUUCUUUUAGCAAAAUAACUUUUUCUAUCUUCUUACAUGUUGCAAAGACAUGUCUAGAAGGUAAAUUUAGGGGUCCAUGCUAGAAUAUUACUAGUAAUUAGGAUUAAUACUAUAUUGUUAGAAUACACCUCAAUGUGUAGUUGAUAGGUGUUCGACCACACCAGACUCUAAAUCAGCAAACUUCUGCUACUUAAAGGGGUACUCCACUGGCCAUGCUCCUUUAAUGCAAAUCUAUGGGAGGGGGCUUGGCAUAGAUUUGCAUUGAGGGGAGUGGCUGACCCCCGCAGUGCAUUCACAGCGUUCAGAACUAAAUGUUCUGAACGCUGGGCAGUGGAAUACCCCUUUAAAAGGAGGACUCCGGCAGCAGUUUUAUUUUGCCAUUAUGCCCGGACUGCAGCAACUAAAAUAAUAAAUCUUAAUCCACCUUCGGCUGCUUCCCCAGAUCCCAAUUAUCUGAGCGAGUCAUCACUUGCCCACGUUUUAGGAAGGUGGGGCCCGGAACAUGCCUAGGUCAGGUAAGUAGGAUGGCCCAGUACAGGAGAUCACGGCCCCAGUCACUGGGCCCCCUGCGAUCAGACACUUAUCCCCAACCUGUGUAUAGGGGUUCCCUGAAGUACUUCUUUAACUGUGUAGCACAUUAUAGAUAAGUUAAGAGUUUAUUUUUUAUAAUUUUAAUAAGAUAUAUAAUAUAGAACUACAUGUUCCUAGUGUAUGGUUUAGUAAAUGUGUAGUAAACAGAUAAAAAAAAUCUUAUAGAUACAUAAUUAAAUCUACAGUUUUAUGGAAAGUAUUUGUCUCCUUACAUUACAGAUUUUUUACAAUGAAUGGUUUUAAAUCAUUAAACAAAAAUUAGCAAGAAGAACCUAUAUAAACAUGUUUUACUAUUGUGAAUGCAAUUGUUUGCACAUGGGAUUUAUUAAUGCUGAGCGAAUGUUUUUCAGACUAAUUCUGUAUAAAUGCAACAAAGUAUAAAAAUGAUGCCAGAUUACAUUUGAGGCUCUCAUGGCACUGUGUGGGCCUAUUGAUUUUUAGUCAUUCCAUAUUAAGGAUUUCUACAAUAUGGAUUCCUAAAAUUUAGAUGUAAAGCUUAUAUCCAAAAUACGGUGUGAACAGGGUCUAAAGGGUUUUUGUAUACAUCUAAAGUACAUGCUGCAAAAGCUCCCGACGUACAUACUAAAUGUGACCUUAAAAUUCCAAAGUCAGAUGGGGGCCAAAACAGUGUCCUUUUAGCGUCUGCCUGGCCAGUAUAUAUUAGUAUAUCACCAAAAAAAUGUUAGGCUGUGUUAUUCGUCCAGUAUAUAUAUAUAGUUUUCUUUAUUUUCAUGACUAUG